AUGCAACUCUUAACAUCAACCAUUUUCAUCUUCAUAACAGUGGCUUGCAAGCUUACCACUUGUUCUUUUCCAUGCAAGACACCUUAUCCCCAGGGCGCUUGUGUCGUCCACGUCCAAAGCACCGAAGGCCCUAGCGAGACGCUGGAACCCGCCCUAACAGCGAGGUCAAAAUCUGGCAUCUAUUACUGCCCUAUCGGGGCAGCAGUCUGCUGUUUACCAGGAGCGCUUGUGAUGAGUCACUGCCGAAGCCCCCAGCACUAGAAGCGCAAGUCAAGACGUUCGAUCAACCGAUCAAUCCUUUCAUCUUCAACCAUGCCUCUAUAUCAGAAAUUAGCCUUUUUCAUAGAAGCAGUCCAUAAGUAUAACAGAUUGGGAUGAUUAGGUUGUUUCGUCAUCAGUCAACCCCAGCAACGUUUUGUUUUCUACUUUGCUGCUUGG